GGGGCGGAGUCGGAGCCAUGGAGCCGCCGCUGCAGGGCUAGGGAGGGCUGGCGCCGCGGCGCCCGCGGCGAUGGCGGGCUACGCGCACCGCCCCGGCGUCACCCCGCUGUCCCGGCCCCGGAGCCUCAUCAUUCCGGACGCUCCCGCGUUCUAUGAGCGCCGGUCUUGUCUCCCCCAGCUAGACUGUGAGCGCCCCCAAGCCAGGGACCUGGAGUCCCGCUUCUUCGGCAUUCGGCCGACGUUUAUGUGCUAUGUGCCCAGUCCGGUGCUAGCUUCCGUGGGAGACACAGAUUUUGGCUAUGGAAAGGGGAAAGGUGCUAAGCAAGGUCCAUCAGGAGCCCAGAACACACACUUUGGAGGUGAGAAACUUGGAGAUCUUGAAGAGGCAAAUCCAUUCUCCUUUAAAGAGUUUCUGAAAAGCAAGAACCUUGGCCUGUCGAAAGAAAAUACUGACAGCAGAAUUUAUUCAAAGGAAGCCACGAGGCACUCGUUGGAACUCGACCGCGACUCCCCCACCUCCCAGACCGUGGGCUAUGGCCUGGAGUAUCAGCAGCCGUUUUUCGAAGACCCGACAGGGGCUGGCGACCUCCUGGACGAGGACGAGGACGAAGGGUGGGACGGGGCCUACCUGCCGUCCGCUGUGGAGCAGACCCACUCCUCCAGGGUUGCCGCCAGCACGUCACCCUGCAGCACCUACGUCUCCUUUUUCUCCAACCCGUCGGAGCUGGUGGGGCCUGAGUCUCUGCCUCCGUGCACGCUGAGCAACUCCGACUCCCGCGUCUCCCCAGUCGGGAGCCCCAGCACCGAGUUCACAGUCCAUGGAGAGUCUCUGGGGGACAGGCACCUUCGGACGCUGCAGAUAAGUUACGAAGCACUGAAAGAUGAAAAUUCUAAGCUAAGAAGAAAGCUGACUGAGGUUCAGAGCUUCUCUGAAACUCAAACAGAAAUGGUGAGGACGCUCGAGCGGAAGUUAGAAGCGAAAAUGAUCAAGGAGGAGAGCGACUAUCACGACCUCGAGCUGGCGGUGCAGCAGGUGGAGCGGAACCUGGAGCGCAUGACCAAACGGGCAGUAAAGGCAGAAAAUCACGUCCUAAAACUGAAACAGGAAAUCAGCUUGCUCCAGGCGCAGGUCUCUAACUUCAAGCGCGAGAACGAAGCCCUGAGGUCAGGCCAGGGCACCAGCCUGACGGUGGUGAAGCAGAACACCGACGUGGCCCUGCAGAACCUCCGCGUUGUCAUGCACAACGCGCACGCCUCCAUCAAGCAGUUGCUUUCUGGAGCUGAAACGUUGAAUCUUGUUGCUGAAAUCCUUAAAUCUAUAGACAGAAUUUCUGAAGUUAAAGAUCAGGGGGAGGAGUCUUGAGAACCACGGAGGUGCUUCCAGCUCACAGCUCUGUUUACAUCCUGAAACCAUUACCCGAUGGAUUCCAGCAUGCCACCAUGUCUCUGAAUGUGCAGUCUUCACACACAGUAAAAACAUCUGUCACGAGAUGCUAAUUUCAUGGCCUGGAACAGUAUCAUUAGCCGCACACAGGGAGGAGCAGCUCCUGUGUGCGAGAGCUGCACCUGGGCUUCGUGUAGCCCUUCUUUGUGAGCGCCCCACUGUUUUAUAGAUGCUGAUCAUCUACUGGAAGACAUUCCUAUGAAAGCCGGUGACGUUUUUUAGUUACUAAACGAAAACGGCAAUUCUGUGAUGAGUGUUUUCCGUUGUCAUUCUAGAGUAUGAGCUGUAAGAUAAGGUCAGUGGAUCAUCUUUGCUUUUGUAAGUAGAGAAAAACACUCAAUGAGCCAUAAUGUAAGCGCUCACCUCAGACGGGGACCUGUGCCUUACUUCCAGUGCUCAGCGCCCCCUCUGGCUCACAGACCACUCC